CCCGAUCCAACCGGUCAGUGUGCCGUGUUUGGUAGCCUGGUAGGUAAACUAGCCGCCAAGCUAACCCGCUGAGCUACCUCCUCCUCCUCCGCCUCCUCCAGCAGCUGAACGGGAGCCGCGAAUGAACCCCGCACGUCGUCAAUGCAUCUCCUGGGAGGGGGGCCACGAUGGCAACGACAGACACGGUCUGAGUCAUAGAUCCUAGCCAUGUAGCUUAAACGGUUCACUAUAUCUGUAGUUCAUGUUAGUGUGAUUCGUGAUUUUCCACCAGUAGCUAGCUUUUUUUUUUUUUUUUUUACUGUCCGGGACAGACGGCGGCAGCUAGCCCCCCUCUCUCGCCACUUACAGGAGGAUGCUGAAGCUGUUCGGUGUGCUGGUUAUCCUCGGACUGGCCCUGGCGUGCAUCACCUCCUGGGUGCUGGACAGCUAUGACACGGCUUGGCACCCUAAACGGAGCGUUCAGCGCCCCACAGCCGGGGACGGAGAGGAGUCUGCGGGGAGCCCUCCACCAUUUCCCGGCGGCGAGUUGAGCAACAUAUUCUGGUUUAUACAGGUGUCUGACAUUCACAUAAGUCGGUUUCACGACCCGAGACGCAUUCCAGAUUUUGAAAAGUUCUGCACCGACACAAUUGAAGUGAUCAAACCUGCUCUAGUGCUCGCAACAGGAGAUCUGACAGAUGCCAAAACAGAGAGUAAGGUGGGCUCCCUGCAGCACGAGGUGGAGUGGCAGGCCUACCACAACGUCCUGAAGAGGUCCCGCGUGAUGGAGCGCACACGGUGGAUAGACAUCCGUGGAAAUCACGAUGCCUUCAAUAUUAUGUCACUGGACAGCACCAACAACUAUUACCGGAAAUACUCGGCCAAUCAGAAAGUUGGCUCCUUCCACUACGUUCACAAAACUCCCUUCGGCAACUACUCCUUUGUCUGCGCCGACGCCACUCUGACUCCAGGACCCAAGAGGCCGUACAAUUUCUUUGGUAUUUUAAACCAGACUCAAAUGGACUUGCUGGACACGUUCAGAGUUGAGAGUCUGAAAAGCAACCAGUCGAUCUGGUUUGGCCACUACACCACCUCCACCGUUGUUUCACCCUCUCCAGGAGUUCGUGACCUGAUGAGAUCUGCAGUUGCGUAUCUGUGUGGCCACCUGCACACACUGGGCGGCCUGAUGCCCGUCCUCCACAGCCGGCAUCCUCAAGGUACUCUGGAGCUCGAGCUGGGCGACUGGAUGGAUAAUCGCCGGUACAGGGUUCUGGCUUUUGACCACGACCUGCUGAGUUUCUCUGACCUGAGGUUCGAGCAGUGGCCCGCGGUGCUCAUCACCAACCCCAAGGACGCGCAGUACCUGCACCCGGGAGUGGAGCCGCUUGGCCGUAUACGGAGGUCCACACACAUCAGGAUCUUGGCCUUCUCAGAGGCACCAAUCACAGCAGUGCACGUUAGCGUGGACGGGGAGCCUCUGGGGAAAUGCGACUCUGCUGGAGGUCCUCUUCACGUUCUGCUGUGGGAUCCAUCUCUCUACCUCACUGGACUGCACACCAUCAGAGUGAAAGUGGAGGACGCGGCAGGCCGGUCGUCGGUGCGGGAGCAACACUUUACUCUGGAGGACGACCUGACUCCCAGCUUCAGUUUUGUGCAGUCCUUCAUCCUCCUCACAGACCACUACGUCCUGGCCCGAGUGGCCUUCAUCUUAACCAUGCUGCUGAAUGUCGGCGUGCUGCUGGCCUUCAGGUUCCUGAGUGUUCCCUCAAGGAGAGGCUUUUAUUCUCAAGCGUGCAUGUCACUCCAUCAUGUCAGUACAAUGGACACCUUCUUCUACUCUCUGCUGCUCUUCAACCUGUGCACAGCCUUAGGUCCGUGGUUUAUAGGAGAGCUGAUUGAUGGUCAUAGUGGGGCCUGCUUCGCCUUCGGGGUGUUCAUCGAUGGACAUUUUCUGGAGGGCAGUCUCACUUAUGUCAUUGGGGUUGUUCAGAUGCUGUUCUUCAACAUGCCCCUCACCUCUUACCUGUGCUGGAGCCUCCACCACCGUUGCCGCGGCAACACCUUUCGAUCGCACUUCCUGCGGCCGGGCUGCCGCUGGCGGACUCUGGCUGUGCACGUCUUCAUGCUGCUGCUGCUCACCUGGCAGGCCCACUCUUGCUACUUCCUCCUGGAGACCUACGGCUCCGUGGCCUUUUUCCUGUCUCCUGUCCGCACGUGGGCGCUGGCCCUCAGCCUGAUAUUGGUCUACCGCGCUUGGACAGGCCCCGCCCCUCUUCUCCGGGAACACAGCAAGAGCGUCUCUCCCUCUUGACAGUAAUUGCACUGUACCACCACAACCACUUCCUCGAUUUUCCCAUUGAGCCUGACUCGCAGAUCUAUUUUGCUGUCUCUAUCCAUCCCUGGACCACCUCAGUUCCCUUCCUUUCUUUCUACUCUCCUUCCAAAAUCCACCUCGCAGAACAUCGGUCACUCUCCUGUUUCUAGAUAGUAUUGUUUACUUAAUAUGCAUGUUAUUGUAAAGCACUGGUGAGCACAUUUCUGGCCAUAUUCAUAGCAAUGUGUACAGUGUAAGAAAAAAACUUUGGGAGACAUAAGGGUAACAAGCUGAAUUGAGCAAUGUGAGGACAGUUGAAUGUGUGCUGCAGUCGACAGUGCACUGAGUAAGAGCAGCAGUAUACUGUAUGCUGAGUCAUUUACUUGAGCUUUAGCACUUUUUGGAAGUGUUGCCUUGGCUGAUAGCCACUCCACCACUGCCAAAUGAUGAAUAAGAAAGAUUUUACCUUUUAUUCCUCCCUCUGAAAAUCAUUGUCAUUCACUAAGAUGGCUGGACGUGCCAAACCCAUCCUCCUGUUUCCUGUUUACUCUCCAGUAUACAAUUCAUGUGAAUAAUAAUAAGGAAGUGCGUAUGCCUCGUUUUGUAUACUGUGAGCUGUUCCUAAGUUCAAAACUUGACAGAGUGCAGUAGUACCAGUCUCUUUUGGUGAGGAUGACACGUGUAAUACAGCCUAUGAUGUUCAUUAUUUCAAGUUUAUCCUCCACAUAAUUACAGGAAAUCGACAGAAGGGAAAAAAAAAUCAAUUGUGUACUGUAGUUAACGAUUUAAAGUGUUUUUAAGUUAUUACAUUGCACAUGACUGCCACUAAAAAAAAAAAAAAACCUCUUGUAUUUUGCAUUGGAUAGUCAUAUCAAAUACUUCAAUGCUAUUUUACAAACACUCACAAUAAUAGAGCUAGCCGGCCCAAGUGUACGUGCUCCUUCAGACGUGAAUACAGAAAGCAGCUGUUUGUUUCUCAGGAAUGUGAGCACUCGAACAACACGCUGGUCCCAGAAGUAUUUCAGGACAAUGUUUUUAUACUCCACAGUAGCUCAGUGAACUCAAACAUCAUGUAAAAACAAUCGAGAUGUGUUAUGGCGGGGGGAGGGGGGGGGGGGGGGGGGGGGGGGGACGAAUGUGUUCCAAGAUGUGGUGAAAUGGGAUGAAAAGUAAUUUGCUAUUGUUGUUUUUAUUUAUUGAUUCAGAUUGUAUUGAGUGGUUUCUUUUUUCUUUCCCCCACUUACAUGUUAUAUUAUAUCUGCACUGGAAAUGCCCGCCUCUCUCGGGGACAUGGCAAAGAUGGUAAAAGAGCAUUCCCAGCUUUGUGUGUGUGAAGACACAUUUUGUCUGUGUUGCCUCAGAAUGAUGAUUCCUUAAUUUGUGUGAAGGUGGGUGAGCAGGUAACUGUCUGUUAAGAGUGUUUUGCUCUUUUAAUGAAAUCCUUUCCAGUCUGUAGUAGGUGUUGGAUUUCGCAAGAACAAAGCGAUCUCAUUAAAAAAAAAAAAAAGACAACCUGGGUGAAGCCCACAUUUAUCAAGGCUUUUAAUAGAAGCAAUGUUCCACUAAAGUUUUUUUUUUUUUCACAAAGCAUACCCUGUGUGAGUGAAGAAUAAUUGCUUAGCGCUGUGAUAAGACACAGUUUAAUAUUAGAACAGCUGAGAAAAUUAAAUUAUGUGCACUGAUGCUGGCAAUGGUUCAAUAACCGCCCCUCUCUUUUCAUAGACAACUCUUUUUUUUUUUUAAUGGGAGCUUAACCAAGUAUAUAAUUCCACCAUAAAGACAGAUACUUCAAACUGAUGGUUUUAAUGAUGAUGCUCUUACAAACUAUGUCCACAAGGAGUCAGUAUUGAUUUGACUGGGAGGGCAAUAGAGACGACUGCAUUAUAUUUCCAUCUCUAAAUGAUCAAAUUCUGCAUGUUUUUUUUUUUUUUUUUCUUUUUUACAGAAACGCACCAAACAUUUGUCUUGAGGAGACUGUUUUGAUAGUUUAUUGGUGCUCAUGGAUUUUGUUUCAUCAUUAUUGGUUGUGAUUGUUUUGUAUUGUACCCUCAUUUGGCUAUUCACAAAAAGAAGAAAAACACAGACACCCAGUCCAACACAAGUACCAUCAUGAAGGAAUAUACCAGUAGUGAUGAAGUGGUGUUCACUUGACUUAUUCUGCAUCUCUUCCUUUGUUCAAACACUAAAGUAUAUGAAUGAAUUGAAGAUGAUUUUACACCUGCCACAUAUUUUUCUUGUGACAACUGAAAUCAGAGCCAACCACUAUUUUAUUUUAUCAAUGGUUUAUAGUGCUGUGGAAUAAAAUGUUCAUUACAGUAUAGGCUAUCCUA